AUGAAACGGGCAGUCCUAUCAUCAGGCCUUACCAUGGCCAUGAGCAGCCUUGUUUGUUCAUUUCCGAUCCCAAAUGUUCUCCCAAAGCACCCGUCCGGCGUAGCAAGGUCCACACCAACGAUUGAAACAUGCCGAUACAACUUUUUCAAAGACAUGAUCGAUGGAGCCUUCGAAAAUGAUCGUUCUCUCUCUGGAGACAAAACGAAGGGCCAAUACGAUGCUCCUGGGGAAGAAUUUGUAGAGAGGAACGCACAGUUUUCUGAAUUAACAGCAACGCAACGAAAGUGGCGUGAAACGCAACAAAGAAAUGACGUGACCCCCGAGAUAGUCACUGGAACCUCCUGGACUUUGGACUUGUACUUGUCUGGAGUUCCAGAGCGAGAUCCGAGUAAUGAUUUGUAUGGAAGUCGCGUGAACAUUUCUUCGAGAGAUCGUCAAACGGGUUUGAAUUUACCUGGUGUUCCUUCAACUAGCGUCACUGUGACCUUUCUGGAAGAAGGAGUAUGUCGAGUAUCUGAAUCUGGGUUCACAUCAGGAGAAAUGGACGGUGAAUGGAAGUUGUCCGAGAACGGAAAGAUUUUGCGAUUCAGCAUGGAUUCUUUGGGAUAUACUCGAACAGUUCAAACAAAAGGAAGCAUCCAGAAGGUCUACUGGACCGACGAAGAAGAGAAGCCUAUUCAAACCUCUAGCACCUAUUCGAUCCCACCAGGACUUGUAUAUGGAGACGUGGAGUUGACCACUAGCCGAAACCCUGGCACGUUUGAAAUGGGCAACGGUGGCGUCUUGCGUAUUGAGAAAGAGGCUGGUCUCUUCGGAAUCUCCAGCCAACUGAAAACAUGUGGCAAAUUCGAAGCGAGAAGGAAUAACUCGAGCUAG